AUGGUAUUCACAAAACAUGAAACAAAGAGGAUUCCUGUCGUGGAGCGAGGGACUCGGGUGGGCUGCAUUGUUCCUUUAGUUGUUCUUUUAUGGAAUGGAGCUCAUGGACAGAUCUCAUAUUCUAUCUCUGAGGAAGUUAAGGAGGGUACCGUAGUCGGACAGUUAGCAAAAGAUUUGGGACUUGAAAAAAACACUUUGAAGAAUAGGGGGUUUCGUAUCGUGUCUGGCUCUACUGAAACCCUCUUUCAGGUAAACCAAAACGACGGCAUUCUCUAUGUGAAUCGAAAAAUAGAUCGGGAGGAGGUGUGUGAACGGAGCCGCGUCUGUCUGAUCAAUUUGAAGACGGUGCUGGAAAAUCCUUUGGAGAUUCAUUACGUAGCUGUCGAGGUCGUAGAUGUAAACGACCACUCACCAACCUUUUCAGAGAAUCAAACUAAUUUAGAGAUAUCAGAGUCAGCAGUGAGAGGGGCUCGAAUUCAGCUCCAAGCUGCCCGUGAUGCAGACAGCGGCCAGUUCUCUAUCCAGCAAUACAAACUUAACCAUAAUGAGCAUUUCAGUGUAGAGGUUAAAGAUAGAGGAGAGGACCGUAAAAUCCCAUUCCUUGUUUUACAAAAACAAUUAGACAGAGAGACAGCUACGAAACACAAGCUAUUACUGACAGCAGUUGAUGGAGGUAAACCACCAAAAUCAGGUACCAUAGAAAUCAUCGUGGACGUACUUGAUGUAAAUGAUAACACUCCCAUGUUUACAAAAGAUGUUUACUCGGCAAUGUUGAGUGAAAACACUCCAGCUGGUGUUACAGUUAUUCGGGUAAAUGCGACUGAUUUAGACGAGGGUUUAAAUGGGGAGGUAAUGUAUUUAUUUGGAAAAGAGGUUGAUAGAAAUAUAAUGGAACUGUUUAGUUUAAACAAGAUAACGGGAGAGAUAACUGUUAAAGGACCUAUUGAUUUUGAGGAAAACCAGAGCUUUGAGAUAGAUAUACGAGCAUCCGAUAAAGGAUCUGCUCCUCUCACAGCGGAUAAAAGCAUAUUUAUAAGGAUAGUAGACGUUAACGAUAAUGCCCCCGAAAUAGAGGUGACAUCAUUUUCAAACGCAGUGCCAGAGAAUGCCAGAAUUGGGACCACUGUGGCUCUAGUAAAUGUCAAUGACUUGGACUCAGGCCUCAAUGGGAAAGUUAUUUGUUCGUUAAAUGACAAUUUCUCCUUUACACUGACACCCUCGAUGCAAGAUCGCAUGUACUCUGUAGUUACGAAGACUUCUCUGGACAGAGAGUAUCAGCCUCAGUAUGAUGUAACAAUAUCUUGCAAAGACUCAGGUGUACCAGCCAUGUCGUCUGAAAAUACAAUAAGCGUUCUUGUUUCAGAUGUGAAUGAUAACAGUCCGGAGUUUUCCGCGAAGCCCUAUACUUUCUAUGUAACAGAAAAUAACGCCGCGGGAACACCAGUAUUUUCAGUUAGCGCCUUUGAUCGUGAUGAAAACGAAAAUGCAUUAAUAUCAUAUCACAUUCUUAGACAGGGGGGCGAGGACAACAAACAUGCCUCGUUUAUUAACAUAAACCCCACAAAUGGAGAAGUUUUGGCGCUAAAAAGCUUUGACUUUGAAACUCUGAAAACUUUCCGAUUCCAAGUUGUUGCCACAGACUCUGGAACUCCAUCACUGAGCAGCAACGUCACAGUGAAUGUUUUCAUUCUGGAUCAGAACGACAACGCUCCAGUCAUCUUGUAUCCGGUCAGCGCAAACGGCUCUGUGGAAGGUGUGGAGGAGAUUCCCCGCAAUGUGAACGCAGGCCACCUGGUGACUAAAGUGAGGGCCUAUGAUCCAGAUAUAGGAUAUAACGGCUGGUUGUUAUUUUCACUGCAGGAAGUGAGUGACCACAGUCUGUUUGGUUUGGACCGCUAUACAGGACAGAUAAGAACACUUCGCUCAUUCACCGAGACAGACGAGGCUGAGCAUAAACUGGUCAUACUGGUGAAAGACAAUGGGAACGUUUCCCUGUCAGCAACAGUCACUGUGAUUGUCAAGGCUGUAGAGCCCAAAGAGGCUUUUGCAGCUGCUGAUGUUAAAAGUGCAGCAAAAGCCGAAGAAGAGAGCAACGUGACAUUUUAUUUGAUAAUAACUUUGAGCUCUGUUUCAGCACUUUUCUUAAUCAGUAUCAUCGUGUUGAUUGUAAUGGAGUGCUCCAAAACCACAGACUAUUCCUCCAAGUACUUACAAGACACGAACUAUGACGGGACACUGUGCCACAGCAUCCAGUACAGAUCUGGAGACAAUCGGUACAUGUUAGUUGGACCCAGAAUGAGUAUAGGAUCUACUAUAGUACCGGGCAGCAAUGCCAAUACUCUCGUUGUCUCGGACAGGAGACAGGCAUCUUUAGAGGUAAGAAUACAGUAA